CCCUUUCUUUUGGCGGUAUGUUAGGAACGAACAGACGCGGACAGCGCCUUUAAAUAAGGGGCUUUAACCGCUGUCAGCCAGCCCGAGCCGCCGUUUAAGCUUCUGAGAAGCGCGCCCGCUCGACUCCCGGGAGAACCCGAACACCACUCAACCAGCCACGGACACGGAGUGGCCACGGACCAGCGAGGCAACGUGCGCCAACCUGCGGAUAGGCCCCGUCGUGUCCCUCAGGUCGUCGGAGUGUCGCAGUGCCAGUGGUCACAACAUCUGGACCUUUGUCUUCAACUCCUAUGCACCUGCCCUGUGCUCCCGCUUCACCGCUGCCGUCUGCAAGCCAGCUUUCGAGCGGACUCAUUCUGCUGUUCCCUGGGAGACUCCAUUCUGGGCCUUCUUGUGCCUGGAGAGACCUGCAUGGUGUGGUGCUACAGCGGUCAUCUGCUUCGACGCCCAACACUGUGACACCAACCGACCAUGAUCAAGGGCACCAACAAAAGCCAUGAGGAGAAGGUGUGGCGGCAGUACCAGGUGCAUAAGGAGCACGAGAAGCAUUGAAGCAUUCCAGCUGUCCAGCAAAUCCAGAUGGUGCAGUUACAUGAAGGAUACCGCCCCGCUGCAACUCCUGUGUCUAUGAGAUGGAUAAAUUGUGACCAGGAGUUCUCACCAGGAUCCAUGCAGGCCGGCGUGUGUUUGAAUUCCAUUUGUGCCCUUGGAACUUCUCACGAACAUUCAAGCUGAAGCAACACCUGCACACUCGCAAAGCCAAAAGGCUAUUUCAGUGCCCUCAGAGCUUUUCACAAAAAGUUAACCUAAAGCAGCACCUGUGCAUCCACAGAAGAGAAAUGUCAUUUCAUUGCUAUUUAUGCCCUCAGAGCUUCUCACGAACGAAUGCUCUCAAGGACCACCUGUGCACCCACACAGGUGAAAGGCCAUUUCAGUGCCCUUCGUGUCCUCGAAGCUUCUCACGAAAUAGUGCUCUGAACCGGCACUUGCACACCCACACGGGCGAGAGGCCAUUUCAGUGCCCGUCAUGCCUUCAAAGCUUCUCACAAAAGAUUCAUCUGAACCAGCACCUCCGCACCCACACAGGCGAGAGGCCAUUUCAGUGCCCUUUGUGUCCUAUAAGCUUCUCACGAAAGUAUGCUCUGAACUCGCAUCUGUGCACCCACACAGGCGAGAAGCCAUUUCAGUGCCCUUCAUGCCCUCAGAGCUUCUCACAAAAGAGAACACUGAACCACCACCUGCGCACCCACACAGGCGAGAAGCCAUUUCAAUGCCCUUCAUGCCUUCGGAGCUUCUCACAAAAGAUUCAUCUCAACCAGCACCUGCGCACCCACACAGGCGAGAGGCCAUUUCAGUGCCCUUUGUGUCCUAUAAGCUUCUCACGAAAGGAUGCUCUGAACUCGCAUCUGCGCACGCACACAGGCGAGAAGCCAUUUCAAUGCCCUUCGUGCCCUCAGAGCUUCUCACAUAAGUGUACCCUAAACCAACACCUACGCACCCACACAGGCGAGAAGCCAUUUCAGUGCCCUUCAUGCCCUCAGAGAUUCUCGGAUAAGAAUGUUCUGAUCCGACACCUACGCACCCACACAGGAGAGAAGCCAUUUAAGUGCCCUUUAUGCCCUCAGAAAUUUUCACAGAAGAAUCAUCUGAACCGGCAUCUGCGCACCCACACAGGGGAGAAGCCAUUUCAAUGCCCUUCAUGCCCUCAGAGAUUCUCGUAUAAGCAUGUUCUGAACCGACACCUGCACACCCACACAGGAGAAGCCAUUUCAGUGCCCUUUAUGCCUCCAAAGCUCACAAAAGUCGAUAUGGAAGGUUCACCUGGACUUCCACUAAUGUGAGAGGCUGUUUCAGAGCCGUUCAUGCCCUGAGAACUUCUUGUGGAAGUCUAUUAAACCAACAGCCUCGCAUCCAUACAGGCGGGCAGCCAUUUCAGUACCCUGCAUGCACUCAGCAAUCCUCAAAAGUCCUUACUGAAGAAUGACGUGUGUAUCCACUCAGCAAGAAGCCAUGUUAGUGCUCAUCAUGUACUCGGAGGUGCUCAUGGAAGUUCGCACUGAACUUCACUUCCACUAAUGUGAGAGGCUCAUUCAGGGCCCUUAAUGUUCUGAAAACUGUUGGAAGUCUGCACUGGACCGACACCUGCUCGUCCACACAAAGUGCGUGGUGAAGGACCACCUGUGUAUCCACUCAGGGAGACUCCAUGUCUGGGCUCUUCAUGUCUGAGAGUUACUUGCUGAAGUUCGCACUGAACUGACACAUGCACAACCCACAUAAACGAGAAGUCGUUUCAGUGCCACUUAUGCUGUCAAACCGUCGGACACAAAAGCUGCCUCAAUAGGCAUCUUGCCACCACAAGUGCACCUGACACAUGCAAUGCAGCAGCGCUGAGUUGUGUGCACUCCUCAUUGUUCCUUCUUGUUUUUCAUGUUUUUCUUAGUUUUCUCAUGGAAUCUCAGCUUAUGUGUAUGCCUGUAGAUCUAUACUAGCAUGAAUCAUUGUAAGUCUUCACUUUUCAUUAAUAUGAUGUUUAAGCUCUUUGUCUUGCAAACAAGCACUUCUUGCUGCAUUCAAGCAUUUAACUGCUCUUUACUAAAGAGUUGUGCUAGUUCGUUUCAGUGCACUAAAUAAAAUUUGGGAUUGGGUUUUGCUAAUUAUUGAUAUUUCAGUACUUGCACUAAUAUCAUGUAAUGCUUCAAAUCAUUCACAUUUACUGUGCUGAGAAUUUGAGUGGCUAUUGCUAUGUAAUGCAGUUAAAACAUCCUUUUCUCAGGAAUUGAAAUUAUGCAAUUUUUCUGCUUUUUUGAUUCCUACUACGAUUCAAAUAGUUUCAGUGAUGCUAAAUGUACUGGUAGGAAAAUCUUUUGCUCAUAAGGGUCCAUGCAGACCUUUUUGCUUCAUAAUAAAACAUUGUUCUCAUAGA